AUGAGAUGCAUGUGGGUCUGCAGACACUGAAUUGGAUUUACCUAAAUUAUUUUGUUAGACUUGGAUAUUAAUGUUGGCUUGUUCUACCGCAUAUCCGAGAGUCAGGUUCCCAUGGAGCAGAUUUCUACAGUUCACAUUCGUUGGAAACACGGGUUAACAAACCUUUUAGCAAGUUUUCUUGACUACCUCCGCGCCAAAGCUGUUUAUGUGGCUGCCACUCGACACACAUUUGGAAUAUAAGCGGCGACAUAUAGGUGUUUUAUUUACUUACAAAAACGAUAAGAUAGGAAUACGAAAAACAGCUCUAUCGGCGCGCAUUUACUCGACGACUUUGCCGCUUUCGAUUGCGUUUAAUUGCAUCAAAAUUUAUUUAUAAUUUGGAGCGUAAACAAGCGAUUCAUGGU